AGUGUUGAUCCGACCGCGGCCGUAAGCGGAUGUCACAUACGCGCCUGAGAAUUUAACUCGUGUGUAUUUUUACAUUAUCAUUUCGGCCUUCACGUUGUUUUUAUUUGGUAUUUGAUCGAAACCAGAUCACGUGAACAAGAUGUCGCUGGUGGUAGAAAACGGUCACAAGGAGUGUGUUAACGGCCACAAGGUGUAUGUGAAUGGAAAGAAUGCCACAAACGGGUCACACGUGAAUGGUGUGAAUGGUGAGGUGCCUUGGGAGAAGCAGUUCCUUCCACCAGCUUUGGAUAUUGACGAUAGGGCACGUGCAUUGGCGGUGGAGUCCAGGUUAUCCAGCCUUGUGUUAUGUGGCGCCACCUUGCAGAAGGUUGGUGAAGUUUUUACCCGCGAAAUCGAAAAUGGUCUCAGUAAAAGACCAUCCAGCUUGCAAAUGGAAAAUACGUACAUACCCGAACUACCUGAUGGCACAGAGGAAGGUGUGUUCCUAGCGUUGGAUCUAGGCGGUACUAAUUUCCGAGUACUAUUCUUAGAACUACGGGGAGGUCAACUGGUGCGGGAGGAUGUGAAACAUUAUCAUAUCAGCGAUGCUCUACGGCUAGGAACUGGCGAAGAACUCUUCAAUUUCCUUGCCGACUGUGUGCUGGAUUUCCUACGUUCAGAAGACAUGGUGGACCGUGAAUUGUCUCUCGGAUUCACUUUCUCGUUCCCCAUGAAGCAGCACUCCAUAUCUUCUGGUGAGCUAAUAACUUGGACCAAGAGCUUCAAGUGCAGUGGUAUGGAUGGAGUGGAUGUGGCUGCGUUGCUCCAGCGCUGUUUGUGGGAUAGAGGCUUGAAGAUAACAGUUCAAGUGCUACUGAAUGAUACCACUGGGACAUUGGUAGCUGGCGCCCAUAUGGAUCCUGAUGUUGCUGUGGGUGUGAUUCUAGGCACAGGAUCCAACGGCUGUUACAUGGAACGCGCAGACCGGGUCAAGCACUGGGAAUCUGCACAUGAGAAGGUCCAUGAUGUUUGCGUGGAUAUCGAGUGGGGGGCGUUUGGGGAUAAUGGUUGUUUGUCCUUCCUGAGGACGGAGUUUGAUAAUGAGGUGGACGGCAGUUCGUUGCUCGCUGCUUCUUUUACUUUCGAGAAAUAUAUCGGCGGGAAAUAUUUGGGAGAGCUUCUCUGCGCUGUGCUGCGUGGAUUGGCUAAAGAUGGACUGUUUCCAGCUGAGCCCAUCAAAGGAGAAUUACUUUCAGUUCAUGUCAGCAUGUUUGAAGAAGACAACGUGAGUGGCGAAUGGCAGCGCACAGCAGAUGUGUUGUGCGCAGCGUGCGCCGGCGCAAAAAUAUCGCGAACCGACGCACUGGUGGCACAGCAUGCGGCGCGACUAAUUUCCAACCGUGCUGCUCAACUUGUGUCUGUUUGCAUAGCAACAAUCCUGAAGCGAAUGGACAGAGCGCACGCGUCCGUGGCGGUAGAUGGCUCUGUAUUCAAAAAGCACCCGCGCUUACGACAUCUUAUGGACAAAUACAUCGCUCUGCUUGCCCCUCAUCAUAAGUUCACAUUAUUGGCCGCUGAAGACGGCAGCGGCAAGGGGUCAGCAUUAACAGCCGCCAUUGCUGCCAGAGUUGCGGCAAGAAAAUCCUAGCCACUUGUGUGCGACUGCAGUGUGACAAAGGGUGUUCAAGCGAGCAAAUAUGUGAAUAAUAUAGCUACGAUUGAACGUAAUUUGUUAAAUAUGUACCAAAUUGUAUCCAGUGGAUUCCAAUAGCAAUGCAGAUACAUUGCUCUGUCUAGUGCCAGUUUAAUAACUUGGCCUAUAAUACACUAUUCAAAAAACACCGCUGACUUCGAAUUUAUAAUCUUGCAAAAAUAAUUAGGUAAUUUCUAGUGGACUAAGUUUCGAAAUAUGUUAAUAAUCAUCAAAUAGAGAAGUAAUUUUGUAAUGUAUACAUUGUAUGACAUUUGUUUACUAGACGAAUAUUUUUGAUAAAGCCCUCAGGCAUUUUCCUAUUUAUCGGUAUAUGAAUCACGCUAUAAGAUCCGCCAUGUUUGGAUAUGAAUGCUAGCAAUGAAAGACUUUGUAGGUUAGUGUAUAUUUAUAGGCAUUUUUACUGUGAUUUUUUAAACGAUUCGCCUCGCAGUUCUUUGAUACACAAUUAUUGUUAAUAAUUCUGUAUCCAAUCACCAGUGUAUACGCAUUUAAAGAUACAUUUCUCUUUGUCAUAGAUGCAUUCAAUAUUAUAUUAAAGACAGUGUCAGUUUUAGUUUUCAUAUUAAUAAAUCAGAUGAAUCAUUUUUAUUCUGUUACUAUAUAAGAAUCGGUGUGAAAAAUGGUCGGUGAAUUAUGAUUUAAUUACCAAUUUAUUAGUUGUUAGGUAUUGAUAUUUUAUUCAUAUUUAGUGCAUAUUGAGUAUUUCAUAUGUACUAAACAUGAUUCCUUAUGUAAUUAAUUGCUUUGCCAAUGAAUUAUUGAAAAUCGUUAGAAAAUUGUGUCGUCUCAUGUCAUUGAAAAUAAAACGAAAGGGACUGCAUAUUUAUAUAAAAUAUGCUAACUGACAUUCGAAAUAUCAGCCUUAGUUGUUAAUUAAUAUUAUUAUCAGUGCCAUAAUUAUUGAUAUUUGGAAUAAAUAGUCCCACUCUCAAAGUAAAAUGAAAAAAUAAUGUUCUACCUCCGAACCAAUAACUACAAUAUUACUCGAAAGCUGUUAGAAUACAAUAUAGUUUUUUAAUCUUUACAUAUCUAUUAGAGCUUACAAUAUUUUUAUUGAAUUGUACAAAUAACGUAUGAUAUUACGGAUAGACAUUUUUAUAUAUACAAAUCGUUAUAUUUAAUUUAAUACAUAACUAGACUAUAUACUACUUUUAUUUUUGAAAUUGAAAAUAUUAUAAAAAUUGAUGCUAUAUAUGAUUAGUACAGUUUCUGUGUUUAAUUUUAAAUAUUUUAUGUCUUAAAUGUUAAAAAUAUUGCUUGUUAAUAGGCUUUUCUUUUAGUUUCAGUCUUGCCAUUUUAUCUUUUUAUAUCAGAGAAACGUUUAUAUCAUUUAUAACAGUUAUCUGAUAUAAAUUUUAUAGUUUUAAUGGCAGCUAUAUUUUUUAUAGUUGUCACUAUCCGCUGUUUUAAUGUAAUAUCGUAGAUUGUGAAUGAUAUUUCUUGUUAAUCUGUGCAUAAUAAUUUAACAGAAUUUACUAUGUUUAUUUUUGUAAUUUUAAAUUUUAAGGUU